CGUGGAGGUGCUGUGCAUCGACCGAUCUGAUCUACCCAUUAAACAAUGUUACCACCACCGAUGUUCACGGACGAGAGGUCGUCUUCUCCGUGGCGCAUUUCCUGUCAUCAGAUGCUUCUUCCUCUUCCACGAUGAAGCUUAUGCACGUGCAAGCGAGCACGUGCGAGGCUGGAUAGCGACACCAGGCGUGUAUACCGGUGGACGGAGGUGGAAAGCUUGGGUGACAGGCGGAUAUCUGAGUGCGAGACCCAUCGGCACACCCUGUUUCAGCUGGAGUUGGGCCCCUCUCUCUUUCUCUGGUCGAGAACUCAUCAUCCUCCUCCUCCAAAGAUGAACACCUGCUAAGCUCGUAACGAGAGGUUUAACCUAAGGUGAUGACCAGCACCCACAGGUUUCUGCGUGCCGUCACCCAGUUGCUUGUCUCCAAAGAAACAAGGAGUUCCACAAGGAGAUAGAAGAAGAGUGACAUGAGAAAGGGCAGUGAGGGCAAGCAAGCUAAUAAUGAAAUGGAGGACACCGGCGUGGGGGGGGCCACGCCCUACCGAAUCAGCAGCAUCUGUUGCCAUGGACGACUCACAUCCUUUGUUCCAUCUAUGUGGAGCACUUGCAGCACAGCAGGAAUUCGCCACCGAUCUUUUAAUGCACCUUCGCCCUUUCCUUAGCUACAAAACAAGUGCUGAACAUGCCUUUGUUUCUUUCAAUAUUGUUUUACUUCCUUCAGCCAUCAUCUCUCUCUCUCUCUCUCUCUCUCUUAUACAAGGAGGACAGUAACAGAGAGAGAGAGAGAGAGAGAGAGGGGUCGUGCAGCUGUCAGCCGAUAUCCAAAACUCUCAUACAGCGAGGAAGUCCUUUGCACCAGUUGGUUCACCAUCCCAGCCUUGUUAGAUUUCCCCAUCACCACCACCACCUUCAUCUCCUCCUCGAUAUCUCUUUAGCGUUCCUUUCUAUGACUCUAAGGGUCAUGGAAGGAGGAGAGAUCACCAAAGAAGAGGAAGGGAGGAGUACACAGAAAGGAGACGGAAGAUUGCGUCCGUAUGCAAGCAAGAUAGAUAAGAACAUAUAGUCAACCUUCCAUAUUUCGUAUGAGACUCAGCCUCCUGCUCGCCAUAUCGAGGCUGUCACCUCUUCCUUGAUUUCCCCGUGCACAGAGAACACGAGAUAAAGGGAAGAGGAGGCGGUCUUACAGCCGCGCGUAUGGCUUCCUCUUCUUCUCCUUCGACUUCCAGCCUGCACUAUCGUUCAAGGUUUGGCGACACAACCUUGACCAAAGUGUUUGUGGGUGGAUUGGCAUGGGAGACUCCCACGGCGGAGCUCCGCCGUUUCUUCGAGCAGUUUGGUGAAAUCCUCGAGGCCGUGAUCAUAUCCGACAAGAUCACCGGGCGAUCCAAAGGCUAUGGCUUCGUGACCUUCCGCGACCCCGAGUCGGCGAGGAGGUCGGUGGUGGAUCCCAACCCGGUGAUCGACGGCAGGCGAGCCAACUGCAACAUUGCCGCUUUGGGGAGGCAGCGACCCUCUCCACCACGAGGGAGGAGCCCAGAAGGGAGCAUGUACCGGCAAUACAGCAGAGUGCCAGCCCAGGUGGCCCCCGCUGCUCCAGCCCCAGUUGUUUACCCUUCUCCCUUCGGGUAUGUGGCCUAUCCAGCUGAGUAUGGAUACCAACAAACUGCUGUGUACAACCCUCAAAUGGCAUCCUAUUACCAUCAACAAUUGUAUGGACCAACUUCACCACCAACUGUUGGACAUCCACCCUACCAUUGCCCUCCAAUAGGGUACUUGCAAACUGCUAGGGCAGGUUUUCCUUCACACUACAUGCAGUAUCCUGCACCCCACAUGGAAGGGACCUUCAUCCCCUCAUCUUCACAGCAGUAUCCAUUACAACUGCAGCCCCCACCACAUGCAAGGCAACCCCUGAACACUACAGAAGGCUCACAAGCUCCUCAGCAACUCUCCACACCUGGAGCAGAUUCUGAUGAUAACCAGGAUGCUUGAAGGUGGCAAUUCUCAUCCUUCAGCAUAACUUCUGCUCAUCAACUGAUCACGACGAACAAUAAAACAAAUGGACUGAAUAAGUUGUGUCAAAGGUUUAAAUCCCAAGCCUUUUUCUUUUUUUUUUUGGCAUAAAAAAGACAUUUCCAGGGCAGCUACAUUCAGUGGUGAAACUACUUCUUGUGCCCUGUGAUGAACACUAAUCGACUCCAAACUCUUUCUUUAUUUUUUUUCUCUCUAAUUAUUAUUUUUGUAGAGCAAUCAUUCAUUGCAUUUCUAAAUUUCUUGUGUACAUGAUCUUCCCACCAAUGAGUCAGAAUUUUGAUGAUGCAUGCUGGACAUAUUGACUUGCCA